UCGAUCUUCGCGUUUGUACGAUUCCAACUGAACUCUUAUGGUCGUGCGUUUCAGUGAUAACCGUCAAUCGAGAGAUACCGUAUUCCCAAUACUGACGUAGUACUUCUCCCAAGUUCGUUGUUACAGUUCAGAGGGAAAUGGCAUGCAAUUGAGUUCCGACCUUCCUACACAAAGUUCUAGACUUGAGAUUGAGAAAAACAGUCAUGUGGAGAAGUCUGAGCAUUCCAUAACGAACGAUGGACUCGUGGAGCUAGUGAACAUCGUUAUAUUGUAUGUUCGGAAAAACGGAGCAGGUCGACGUACGAGAGUCUAUAAAUUCCAGCCUCAAAAUAUAUGGUUACAGUUCCAAACUAGUAGUCUCCUGAUACCAGUCGAGACGGUCUUCAACAGCAAGCAGGAGUUCAUGUAAAGCUAAUUCAGAUUUGGUAGCAUUCUGUGGAAUGACGACCAUCAUGAGUCCACUGGAAUCUCCUUGGAGAGCUCAGAAACCUUUCAUGAGCACGGGAGACGGCGUGGACAGCUAUGCACGCAACUCGCACCCUCAGGGAGAUUUUAUGAGCCGGUUAAUUCCAACGCUCUUUGAUGUGAUUGACAGCCUUAACCUUCCUGAUCAAGGUGUCAUCUCAGUUGCUGACUUGGGCUGCUCGUCAGGUCCCAACGCAAUAAAGAAUGUCGACGCUAUCAUUAACCGGAUGAAAGCGAGAUUCGGCAGAACCGAGGGACCUGAAUUCCAAGCCUACUUCCAAGACUUGCCAGGAACGGAUUUCAACACUUUGUUCCGGCUUCUCGAUCCAGAUCAGAAGGCCGAGACCUCUCCUGGUGGUCAAGUCGAAGAUGCCGCUUACUUCACCGCCGGUGUCCCUGGAUCAUUCUAUGGACGUCUUUUCCCCAGAGCGAGUAUCAAUUUUGCUAUGUCUACAUUUGCUCUUCACUGGAUUUCCAAGGUUCCUGCAGCAGUUGUCGACAAAAAAUCUCCGGCUUAUAACGGUGGACACACUCAGUUGGGAUGCUCGAGCCUUGCAACAGUUGACGCUUAUGCUGAGCAGUCUCACAGAGAUUUAAGCUCCUUUCUUACAGCAAGAGCGGUCGAAAUGGUUUCCGGAGGAUCGAUGCUUCUGGUUUUUGGUCUACGUGGAAAUUAUUAUCCUUACCGAGUAGGCCCAACACUCGAAGUACAGGAUAAAAUUUGGAACGAUCUCGUUUUGGAGGGUAUAGUGGAUUCGGAGCUGAGGGAUUCUCACAACAACUAUGUAUACUACCGAACUUUGAAUGAGGUUGACAAAGUUCUGUCAAAUUUCACUUCUUUGUUCAAAGUUCAGAAAAGAGACGUGUAUCCUAGUCCCCUAUCUAGUUCCUUCUUCUUGUAUCCAGCUAGCACUGCGGAAGAAAAGGCACAACGAAUAACGUCCGUGAUGAAAGGUGCUGUUGGUAACCUAAUCAAAGCCCAUUUUGGGGCACAAAAUACGAACAUCUUCAUGCAGAGAUACAAACAAGCCCUUAUUGAAGGAUUCACGAACAAGACUCUCGUGGAGGACCUGGCCAAUGCGCGGAAACACCUGGUUCUUGUCCUGUGCAGAAUCUGAAUCUGCAGGACGAGAAAAAAAACUGCGUGUACACAAUGAUUCGAAACAUCGACGGGUAAUGUGUGUAUAUUCUAGUUAGAAACGAUGAAGUCCAGAUAGUAUAGCGCUAAAAAUUGCAUACGAAGGCAAUCAUGAAGCGAGAACCGUGGACUAUGUACUAGUAGAAAUGCCAGAUCUUACGGUACAGAGUUAAGGGAUGAGGAAUGAGUCCCAUUUAUCCUCACCCCUUAAUCUAUUCUGCAUGAGAUGUCACGACCUCUCCUUUGAACUCUCCAUGAUUCUAGGAAAGGGAAGAUCAUCUCACAAGGGUAGCUGCCACUGUUGUUAAGAACCAACUGCUUCUGUAGCUCAUCGCCUCGAUCUGUGGGAUUGCAUGUGGGAUUGCAUGUGUCCUGUUCGCAUAAUGCUGUAAAUGUUGAGGGCAAUAGGUUACGGGUCAGUGAUCACCUUUCUUUCUGGUGUGCUUUCACGUCUCCUGCUGUCUGUCACAUGUCUUUCACAAGGGUCACGGAUCCCCAGCUCUAGGCCGGUCCAUCUUUUGCAUCAAACGAGAAAGAUAGCUGUUGCUUAUCUAGGACUCGCUGGGCCUCCGCAUUUGCUCUUGAUCGAUGAACCCAUCACGUGAGAGCAGAUCGUCAUUUGAAUAGCUAUAGUGUGGAGAGGGCCUACACUUGUUCCUUGGAUGCUGCACAAAAAGUGUCCAGGGACUCCAGCUCUUCCUUUCGCCGUGACCCUUCUAUCUUUCUGUCUCCAUACAUGUAAACUUUUCAAAAUACUUUCACCGA